AUAAAGGCACCAUUUUUUUGCUCACAACAUCAUCCACAAAAACACUUCGCCGAGCACAAAAGCCUUUGACGCGCUAGAUAAUACUUGUGGGUAAUUCGAAGUUUCGAAUCGAUAUUUUUACUUACCCGUUCUUUGAGCAACAUUAUCCAGCCGCAAAGAAAAGAUGAUGCCUUCGGCGAGUUUUUCCCGUCUUCUCGCCUUACUUUUUGUCGCGGGUUCUUCCCUCACGACCAGUUUGUACCCCCUACAAGUUGUACAAGUCCUUGCGGGUGGCGGCUCGGGUAGUGGCCGAGGGAGGAGAGGCGGUCGUGGCGGUCGCGGUCGCGGUCGCGGCCAACGAGGAUCCAACUCGUCUCGUGGUACGGGUCCGUCAAACGAUGCUGGAACUGAGGCUGGUACAGCCUCCGACGGCCAAGGUGACCGUGGUCGUGCCAGAAGCGGUGGUCGCACUGACAGAAGCGGCGCGGGCACGGGCUCUCCUCGCACGUCUGCUCGAGAUAGUGGUAACCCGAACGCGGCUUCUGCUGUGCGCACCUCUGAUGCAGCAGCGCUAUCAAAAGGAAAAAUCCCCCCUCCCCAUAUCGAAAACGAAAUUUGUGAUGCUGUAUUUGAGUACACAAAUCGACUUGCAAUGCUAGAAGGCCAAGAGACGCAGCUGUGGCCUCGUUUGCAGGCAAUUUGUCAUGCUGUUUCCCACUUCCAGCUGCCCCCUGUCAUGCUGAAGAUGCAAGGCUUUCCCACGCCAGCAAGCACUACAGUCCGCAUCUUUUCCCUUCUAGCAUGACAAAGCUGAUUUGUGACCACAAAUCUGCAUCACAAAUUUCUAGUUUGAGUAUGGGGUGGGGGGAUUUUUCACUUUGAUAAGCGCGCAAUGGUGCGCCACCAGAGACGACCGGCACAGCAAGAACUGGUCGGAGUUCCACUAGAGGCAACGGCAAAGGCGGGGGUAAAGACGAGAAGAAGUGUGUGCGAGCGUGCAAAAUGGCCGGGAAUGAUAUAAUUUCGGCCGACCCAUUUGCGGCUAUGAAGGCAAAAAAGAAGCAGAAGAGCAGCAAGGAAGCCGCAGGGGGAACUUCCACGGGAAGCGCUGCCGGAGCGGGAAAGGUACUUUCCGUGUUUUAUUAAUAUGUGUCCUUCUUCUUCGACCAGGUGCGCCUGAGGACCAUACACGUACUAGUACCGUGGGUGUUUAGCGCAACUUUGUUUGUUUGUUUGUUGUUGAAGGUCAUGUGGAACCGUUUGGAAGUUGGUAUUUCCUCUCACAUGGUUAGCGCUAUUUCAAGAAAAAGGACAACUUGGCAGAGCUACUUUGGCCUCUGCCUUAGAAAAACGAACUGCUGCAAGGAGCUAGAGCUUAAGUCUGUAUAAAUUGCUGUAAAAGAAGUAAAGACAAAGGUGUGAAGGUGAAAGUUUGGCCCUGGAAGUGAAGUCUUUGUUGUCGACCACUAACUUGCUGUAAAAGUGAAAAGGUUCGAAAGUUGUGUUGCUAAAAAAGUUACCCUGAGAAAGUUUUUUGUUUUGGACGUCCUUGGCAUGGUCAGCCACGAAAAAGGAAAGAGCACUAGUAGAACUUGCUUCGAGAAACUGUGAGGAGAAAAUAAGCGGUCGCUGUAAAAAGCUGGCCUUGUGAAGAGAAAGCUUCAAGUUAAAGUCUUGCUGUAUAUAGUCGAAAAGGAAGGUUUUGUUUUUUUUAUUUUCACUUUUUUGAACUUUUUCGCUGUUGUCCACUUCUUGGUCUUUUCCUACGCUGCAGUGCUGUGUGAGCCUGUCUUACGCUAGUUGAAAACGAUUUCUUACGAACUUGUUGUGACGCCGACAUUUUACUUUUUAUUUUUUCGUCGAGGAGCUUAGAAGUGCACACUACUGCUACGCUGCUUCGCGACUUGAGCGCGCCUCCAGGAUAGCUUCUCACCCCGUGGUAGUGGCCCCACCACCCGCAUAGAGGAUAACUGCGCCCCGUGUCAAACUCUCGCCUGUCCAUCAUCAUUCUGCGCCACCAUCAUAUGUAUCAUAGAUAUCGCCACUACCUUCGGCCCAUCCUGGGUUGUCAGCCCUUGACGACUAUGCGGCCGGGCGUGGGUCACUUUUCGCCGUUGGAUAAAGUAGAUACAUCGUAGCGUCUCUGGGUGUGUGGUUGUGCGCCCACCUCGGAACUUUCUUCUGCUCCUGGUGUGUAGUUUAGCGCAACUUUCUUCUGCUCCUGUCUAAAUAAAAAUCUUACUCGGAAGAUGUUGAAAAAAGUUAGUUUUUUCCCAUGAUCUUCACGUAAACGUAUCCAACUCCAUCUCGACUAUGCUCUUCUCAGCCCGACAAGGCGGCCCUGUUUGCCGAAUGGGAGGAAAAAGCCAACGCCGGCGCGCUGACGGCCGAGGAACAGGCGAAAUUUGACCGCAUGAAGGAGAAGAAGCAAGGGAUGGAAGCGAAAAAGGCGGAGAUGGAAGCGAAAAAGGCCGAGAUGGAGGCGGAGCGCGAGAAAUUUUUCACCGAUAUGGAGCGGAAGGCGAACAGCGGCGAACUGACUCCGGAGGAGUUGGAAAAGUUCGAGAAGAUGAAGGCAAAAAAGCAACAACACGAGGCGAAAAAGGCGGAGAAAGAGGCGGAAAAAGCCGCGUUUGCAGCCCUGUCGGACGAGGAAAAGCGGCAGUUCAAAGAGGAAAAGAAACAGGAGAUGCUGGCGAACUGUCAGUGCGCGCAGACGGGCAUCCAGGGGACCAUGGAAACUACCGUGUCCAAUGUCGGGCUGUUGGAAUAUGGCGUUCUCAAAUGUUACAUCCUGAACUGUUACAUGGUUUGUCAUGCAAAAUUACAAGCAGAAUCGACGCGAUCAAGCAGAAUCGAAAAUUAAGCCUUUAAGUUGUCGCUGCGCCCCAGGUGGGUUGCCAGUCAGCAGUGCCAAACAACUGGUCUAUGGUUUGACAUCUGUGGCCCGCUCGCUUGCCUUUUUCGUCCGUGCCGAAGGUAAGGCGCAAACGGUCCAGCCUCCCCUGUCUGGGCGGGGCUGCGGCUUAGGGGAGAGUCUCGCCCCUGCACCCAAAGGGGUACGUCGUCUCUUCCGUGAGAACAAAAACGUAGGGCGUAAAAUGGGUCGGGUCCUGGAUCAUUCUGUAUGUAGGGCUGUCGCGCUCGGCUUGCUGGCCGGGCUGUACCGAUCAGGUGUGGUGGGUAGCUCCCGACUGGUUGGCACUUUUCUUGGGGCGACUUGCCGUGGUAGUGCUCGGCUUUUGUAUGAUGAGGUCGCCGAAAGUGCUUCCUCGCCCACCCCCCGGGGAGGGGAUCCUUGACCUGUGGCGCCGGGAGCGGGUGUCCACUACAUGAUGAUGAUGAUGAAGCUGCUUCGCAUGACAAAUUCUAAAAGAGCCAAACAGGCUGAGAAUCUGUUGCAAAUCUGUCAUGCGAGACGUGCAAGGUCACCCCUUUCACUUUUUCCAUUCUUGCAUCACAAAUUCAUAUAGCAGUUGAGAAUGUAACAGUUGAGAGCGCCAUAUGGAAAGCGAUGCGCAGGCGCAGGAAAUUUUCGGCGCGAGCGUCCUGGAGGCCUUGGCGGGGACGCUUGAUGUGGAGCAACAGCAGGUGAAUUUGCAAGAGGUGGCCGUGUUGGAGAAAAAUCGAUUAGUGCUUCGUUUGCUUGCGGGGAGCAGUUCGUCCACUGGCCGGAUCAAGAUCGAUUACGAGAUUGCCGCGGCCGAUUUUGUGCAGGAGCAGCAGCUGCGAGAAAAGAUCGCGCAACCGGAGACGGUAUGCGAGUGCAAAGAUGUAGCUUUUGGGGCUGGAAAAUUUACAGAUGUUUGUCAUGCAGGUUUUGCAUGACCGCCCAGAAAGGCCAGGCAGAAGGUGCUACUCUGGAAUGCGGAUCGUAGCAUCUUCACAGCUUUUAUGGUGAGAGUUUUGCAAUGCCCACUCUGUAGGAUGAGAAAUCCUCUCUACUCAGUGUGGCCACGAAAGGACACCUUUUUCUACUCGUGCAUGCAUGCAGUGACAGAUUACUUAUUUUUUUUUAUGUGACUGACAGAGAGAAAGAGAAUCGCUAUCACACUCACAAGCUAUGUACUUGCACCUUUCCAGAGGACCCAAAUACUUAACAUGUUUCCAAUGCAUAGACGGCGCCGGCUUUUCAAUUGAGCUGUAACAGCUGUUUGACGGAAGCGAGUGGCGGCGGUAGUAAUCCUAAAACAGGCGCAGCAGGCUCUCCUACUACAGCCACACUGCAACUCACAACCACGCCGCAAAUGAGCCCGACUGUACCGGUUGUGUAUCAAUCUUCUUCUAGUGCUGCGACGGCAAGCAGUACAAGCGCCGGCUCGUCUAGAAGUCCUGCCAGCAACGAUUACGUCCGCGCCUCCAUGGCCGGCGCAGCUCAGAAUUACAACGAAAAUGGUUCAUCUACUUCCGGAGCGCAGCUACUGUCAACCAGCACGACCAGCUCGGCGGUGGGCAGAAUGGGAACAGCUGCGUCUCCCUCGCUGAUGUUAGGCCCGGUGAAAAUGAUGGGAGUUCUAUUUUCACUGCUGUUUGGCGUCGUGGUUCUGUUUUAAGCUGUUCUAUUAAUUUGAUGAAUUUGAUCAGGUACGCGUACGUACUACGGUUUUUACGGUAGAACUACGAUUACUUCACCUGCUGAUGAGAUUUGUAACCUGGUCGAGCUGGAACUGAAGUAGCGAUAGAGGGACGACGAGCAAGAGCAACCGCUUGUGCCCCGAAAAUUAAGUAGACAGGAUCUACUAGUAGUACUACUCUCCUCUUCAUAAUGCAAAUGCCGUAGUCAACAAUUGAGACGAACUACGACGCUUUGGAACGACGAAACAGCUUAGUGUAGCAGUGGUUUCUGUACAAGAAUGCUGCAGCUUUACUGGACCUGUUUUCCUAGUUCCAUUACAUUAUUGUUAUUGACUUCGAGAAUUCCACAAAACUAGCAAGAAGUGAAACGAUAAAGACGUAAAACAGUGUACAGUAUGAAUUUCUAAAGAGCUAUUGAAGCAAGUAGCUGUGUGAACAAUAUGUGAACACGAUGAGCUUUGGCAUGGCUCAGCUUUUGUUUCCCCCAUCAAACAAAAUAAAACCUUGAUGAGGUCGUGAGAAUAUUAAGCACUUUAGACAGAUCAAUCAUUCCGAUGAAGAAGCUCACCUUUAUUCUUUAGACGUAUCUUCAGUCUCCCGUGUCGUAUGAACAGUUUAGCUAGUCCUAUUUUUGGUGCAAAACCAAGUUUUAGGAAAAGUCACUGGAUCACCACGUUGAGCUGACGCUUUUCCUUGUGGAAGGCUCAGCGACAAGACGAUAUUGUAAAUCAAAAAGCGAAAUGAAGGUUGACGACUUCUGCGGUGCGGGUGAAACUAAUAAAGGCAAUUGAUGAUCAACUGGUGAGCAGUGAAAAAAUACAAGCAAAAGCAGGUGGAAAGCAACGCAGUUGUACCGCC